GGAAGCCCGCCCCUCGAGCAGCCAUGGCCACCGCCUGCUGAAAAAGAAGUGCGCAGCUCCGCAGCACGGCAGAGGGGGCUCUCCACGGGGCGGAAAACCACAUAACCUGGACUUCCAUACCCAACCGCUGGCUCUUAUUGCCAUUCUUCACCACCAAACAUGACAGCGACUAUUAUUUCACCUUUCUUCGAGUACAGAGAAGCGUCCAACAAGUACAGUAAGAUGUUUAACUACAGCAACAACAACAACAGUCUUGGUGGACCUCCGCUGACGUCUGUCCCAUGCUCCAGUGCCAAACUCUCCCCCUGCACUCCCACUGGGUCCCUGUUGGACAGGAAAGCAGUGGGGGCCCCCUCUGCAGGAGGGCUGUUUCAGCGCCGUCACUCAAUCAGCCUCCCCAAUGCAAAUUUCAGUCAGAACCAGUUUGUCAACAGCCUUAAAAGGGAUCCCUCAGUGCUGCUGGGCAGCGGCUGCGGCAACAACAAGGAGAACCAUUUCCGCGAGCGCUCCUACUCCGAGCUGGGGGAUCGGCUGUGGCCCAACAGUCAGGCAUGUGGAAGCGGCCAAGUCAACUCAAGCCGCUACAAGACGGAGCUGUGCCGGCCCUUUGAGGAGAACGGCACCUGUAAGUAUGGUGACAAGUGCCAGUUCGCCCACGGCAUGCACGAGCUGCGCAGCCUGAGCCGCCACCCCAAGUACAAGACCGAGCUGUGCCGGACCUUCCACACCAUUGGCUUCUGUCCGUACGGCCCCCGCUGCCACUUCAUCCACAACGCAGAGGAGCGCCGAGGGCCCCCGCCCCUCUCAUCCUUCAACAAGAUGGAGCGCCCAAGGCUGCAGCACAGCUUCAGCUUUGCCGGCUUCCCCAGCUCCAGCGGGCGCCAAGACAGCCCCACCUCCGUCACCCCUCCACCCAUGUUCUCUACCGAGGACCUGACGGAGUGGCAGAGCAACCCGUUUCCAUACUCCAACCAGGAGCUCGCCAACCUGUUCAGCCCCAGCUCUGGGCCCCCGCCUGUGUCUGAGGGUCCGGCCCCACCUUCCCCUUGCCUUUUCCAACCGAUGUUAGAGAGCUCCCCAAGCCCGCCCGACUCUAUGUCUGACCAGGAGGGCGAGCAGAGCAGCCCGGGCAGCCAGAGCGGCUCCGAGUCCCCGCUCCUGGACGCCUCCCGCCGCCUCCCUAUCUUCAGCCGGCUCUCUGUGUCUGAUGAUUAACACGUCUGCAUCCCCGGGCUCAGAUGGGAGGAACAGCAAGGGAGGGAGAAAGGAAGAUUGUGACCAUUCAACUUCCCAACUCCCUCCUUCUCCUCCUCCUCCUCCUCCUCCUUUCGGCCCUGUUUACAGGAGACGCAGACACCUGUGUGGAUUAUUGUAGCCAGCGAGUCACUUCAGAAAUCCAGAUCAAGUCUCUUCCAUUCUUCGGAACUAAAUCCUCUCAGCCUCAGCCUGCACUGGUGCCAUAGUGAAAGAAUGUGAAAGUAGUUUAAUAAGACGUAUUCUGGGCAGUAGGAGUGUGUGUGUGUGUGUGUCUGUGUGUCUGUGUGUGUGCGCGCGUGUGCGUGCGUGCGCGUGCUCAGCACAGGGUGUCUCUGUGCUGUUGCAUUAUUAUUAUGAUUGCCUGUGCCACAACCUCGACACCUCCGUGUGACAACUCAGUGUUCAAUUUGGAAAGGAUCAGCACCGUGAACAAAAGGAAGCAAACGGUAAAAGUGCAUUGUUGUUAAAUUGAGGCCAACAGUCUUCUUUCUUUUUCAUUUGUAAUCAUGCCCAGUUGCCUGUUCCUUUGGCGUGUCAUGGUGACCGUGUUUGAUCGCUGACAGAUAGCCUUCCUUCACUCAGCCUGGCAAGCUGGUGCUAUGUGCCUUGUAUUGAGCAGGUGGUCAGUUGUUAUUCUCUAUUUGCUCACCAGAGACUUAAUCUUAAAGCAUCAAGGGUUUGAAUCUUUAAAUCUGAAAGAUUUCUGAGGUUGAAAAUUGAGUUUAAGGGUCAUUUCACCCAAAUUACCAGAAAACGUAUUCUCUCUAUUACUAUUACUUCUAGUGGCAUGCUUGUAUAGACUGAAUCACAGUGUUUGAUUACAAUAACUUCUGGGUAGAAAUCAAGGAAAAUACUUAUAAAAAGGAAAGGUCAUGAGUCUUUUCUGGGAGGUGAUAGUCCACGAUUUCACAGGUUGAAUUGUGGAUCCCAAACUUCCGGAUGAUCCACUCAAC